GCCGUCGCCGGUAAACUUUGUUGUUUACUUUUGUGUAAAACUGUUGUGUUCGUCGACGUUGUAAUGUAAAGUUAGUUGACUUUCCUUGAGUUUCAAAUUCGGCAGGAAUACGUCUGUGAACUUAUAUUACUAAAGCAAAGGUAGUGUGUCUGAGAAUUGAGUCAUUGGUAAAACGUUACGUUACUCGCUUCCCACGGAGUUAUGACGAAAACAGCUCAAUGCGUCACGACCACGCUCAACUUCUUUCUGCCUCUGCUGACCGCCUGGAUGGGUUACGUUGUCAUUAUCGUUCACGUAUGGAUGUCGAAAUCCAAGCCGCCUGCUGCUGCCAUGGCUCGCAAGACGACGGGGAUGGAUCUACUGUACAGCAUCGAGGAUAGGCCGCCCUGGUAUCUCUGCAUCCUCCUCGGCUUCCAGAAUGAAAACAAACGCGGAUCAAUUGAUAUUGGAGAGAAUAUGGAAGCGAGAAUGCGCGAGAUUCAAGGCUCCAUCAUCGUAGCGUCGUUCUUCCAGAUCGUCAUAGGGAUGACGGGCGCCGUCGGUCUGCUGCUACGCUUUAUCGGCCCGCUAGCGAUAAUGCCCUGCAUCUCACUAAUAGGACUGACUCUGUUCGAGCCAGCCGGGGCUUUCGCAUCCAAGCAGUGGGGCGUCUCGUGUUUGACGAUGGCUCUCAUAUUUAUCUUCUCUCAGUAUCUGCGGAACGUCAAUGUGCCUUGCUUUGGCUACACGUCGGAUCGGGGCUGCGGCCGUCUGACCUUUCCUUGCUUCAAGAUGUUUCCCGUCAUCCUAUCGGUCGUCAUCGUCUGGAUGUUCUGCGCGAUUCUGACGGUAGCUGGCGCUCUCGGCGAUACUCCGGACGAGAUGGGCUACCACGCGCGCACCGACAUCCGACUGGAUGUCCUUCAGAACACCGCCUGGUUUCGCUUCCCCUACCCAGGUCAGUGGGGCCUUCCGACAGUGAGCACCGCAGGCGUGUUCGGCAUGCUGGCGGGUGUCAUGGCGUCGAUGCUCGAGUCGAUCGGAGACUACUUUGCAUGCGCGCGUCUGUGCGCCGCGCCGCCGCCGCCGGUGCAUGCUAUUAACCGCGGCGUGCUGGUAGAGGGCGUUGGCUGCGUGCUCGGCGGUGUGUGGGGAUCGAGUAACGGCACGACGUCAUACAGUGAGAAUGUCGGAGCCAUCGGCAUAACAAAGGUGGGCAGCAGGCUGGUGGUGCAGACAGCAGCAGUCAUCAUGAUACUGCUUGGCAUGCUCAGCAAGUUCGGAGCGCUCUUCGUCACGAUGCCAGACCCGAUCAUCGGCGGAGUCUUCUGCGUCAUGUUUGCUGCAUUCACCGCCGUAGGUAUUUCGAAUCUGCAGUACGUUGACAUGAACUCCACGCGAAACAUGUCUAUUCUCGGAUUCUCACUCUUCAUGGGUCUCGUUCUUCCAGAGUGGCUGAAGAGCAACACAGAUGCACUCCGUACCGGGAACGCCGCGUUCGACCAGAUUCUGUACGUGCUGCUCAGCACGGGCAUGUUCGUCGGUGGCGUGCUCGGAUUUAUCCUCGACAACACCAUCCCAGGCACCGUAGAGGAGCGAGGACUCGCAGAGUGGAGGAAGCAAAUCGACAGCACAACCCCGAGCGACGCCACGACGAACGUCGACGGUGGCGCCACCGCGGGCGACGGUGGCGCCGCCGCCGACAGCAGCUACGACUUCCCGCUCUGCAUGCCAGCGAUCCGUCGCGCGAGACCGCUCAGGUUCGUUCCCGUCUGCCCGACGUUCUCACUCGACGGGCUCAGCUGCCGGCGGACACAGCCUGCCGAGGCCCAGAGCGUCUCCAUGCUCGGGUCGGUCGCUACGGAUACGACCGACAUCACGAAGUUCUGAGACAGGGGGCGCUACGGAGGAGGCCGUUCGGAGGAAUCUCAGCGAGCGAAGCACGGGUCGAGAGAUCGCACGUAAUUUUUCCGUCGCAUUUGACGAUUCUGGCGGAUAUUAACAGCGGUGAAUAAUGACAAAUUUAGACAAUUUGAAAUUGAAAUUGCAAUCGAAUUGCAUUUGAAUUGCAUUCUGAAAUUGACGAUUUGUCAUUAUUCGCCCCCGAUGUUAAGUUGCGAUUGCUGGAAAUGGAUCCACCGUUUCACGUGUGGUCGUCUGACCCACGAAAUAUUCACAUUGAGGUUUUAUACACCUUGAGAGAAUCCAUUAGUGUGCCAGGGGACCGAACUCUCAUAGUCUUUGGCGUGAGAGGUGGACGUGUUAGCCACUGGCUAACCACACAGAAGAGAGAAUAUCAUUUUAUGUCUUCUAUAUUUUAUUCUACACACUAUGUAAUAUAUACAUUUAUAGUCCACACACUUAUUACUAACAUGCACAUGUUCUCGUCUACCCCCGUGAAUUGCGAAAGUAUUUAAUUGAAAAUGCUCAAUUUUAAUUAUGGGAUGAGGGUGUUUUUUAUUGUGUAG